UUGCGACUCCAAGGCUUUCCGAGGCCUCGUCGCCCUGGGUUGUGCUUCCGGCGCGAAGGUCACGGACAAGAUGGUGCCGCCGGUGCAGGUUUCUCCGCUCAUCAAGCUCUGCCGCUAUUCCGCCUUGUUCCUCGGCGUGGCCUACGGAGCCAAGCGCUACAGUUACCUGAAACCCCGGGCGGAGGAGGAAAGGCGAAUUGCUGCCGAGGAGAAGAAGAAGCAGGAUGAACUCAAACGGAUCGAGAGAGAACUGGCAGAAGCCCGAGACGACAGCAUCCUGAAGUGAGCCUCUGCCCGAGCCGUGCGCAUGAAUAAAGCUCCCUGUGUUGUGUGA